UCACUCUGUGAACUGACCAAACCACAGGUGAUCAUGGGAAGACAAACCAGGACGGGUUUGGGGACUUUUAGUUUGUUUUCUGUCUUGCUUGAAUGAAGGAUGUUUUACAAUGUUUUACAGUUAAAAGAGAGAAGCUUUAGUUCAGAAGGUGAAUGGUUGUAUUUCACUGAAAUUUCAUAUCUUACGAAUUGCAUCUUUACAACUCAAUAAUCUAAAAUAUAAAACAUUAUGUAACAUGUAAGUAAGGUGGCAUCUCACAGCUUCACAUGAAGACAAAUUUACUGUGGGGGCAAAAAGCAGCCAGCAGCGUUUAGCAACCACAGAAAAAAGCUUGGUUUCCUGUUGUUAGAGUAUAAAUCAAGACUGCAGGUCUCAGGAGAAUCAAACCUUCAACCAAACAUGGAGAGCUUGAAAACUGCACUGAAACAUUUUGCUGAUUAUGUCUCAGCAACAGCUGGGGUCUACACCACAGUGAUCGUGAUUUUUACUUACCAUGUUUUGCUUGAAAAGGACUUGGCUUGCACCUGCAAAGAGCAGUCCAGAGACUGCUGGUUAUACAUGUUCAUGCCAGCAGUUUUGAUCUUUAUCUUGAUGCUGUGGAUGGACAAAACUUUUCAGAGAAUCUUCAAAUACCUAUGUGGAGGUUGUUUGGAAUUCUGUUGUAGUCGUUGUAGUGGUACUUGUAUUUGUAAGUGUCUGUCCUGUUGUGUUGUUUGCUACCGCCUUCUCAAAGCAGCGUUUCUCGCCUCACUGUGGGCUGUAUCUGUGUUAAUCGAUGGAGACUGGUAUGUUUGCUGUCACAAUAAUCAGACUGAACAUAAGGACUUAGCCUGUCAGAACAAAGCUAACAUCACAGCUGAAGAACAAGGAAUCCUCACUGAACUGGCAAACGAUUCAAGGGUUAUUGGCUGGAGUCUUCUGCUUGGCAUCACAUUUCUGGCAGCCUUCAUGUCAUCGAUACCAUUUAGGAAAUGCAGCUCAUGCUGUAAGACAGAGAAAUGCAGGUCAUGCUUUCGUUUUGAAGAGACUGUUUUGGAAGAGAUUGUUUUGGAAGAGGGGGAAAAAUUGAUUCCAGAGACACUGAGGGCAACUGCAAAAGAGAAGAUGACAGAAAAACUCCAGAACCAUAAGACUAAUGAAGAAUGGGGAAAAUGUUUUGAUGUCGCCGAAGAAGUAGUUAGAGAGAUAUCAACACACGCUGGAACCCGUGACUGCGCUUCUCCUCCACAAGCUGGACCCUCUGGGUCCUCUUCUCCUUCACAAGCUGGAUCCUCUGAGUCCUCUUCUUCUUCACAAGCUUGACCCUCUGGGUCCUCUUCUCCUUCACAAGCUGGACCCUCUGAGUCCUCUUCUCCUCAAGCUGGAUCCUCUGGGUCCUCUUCUCCUCCACAAGCUUGACCCUCUGAGUCCUGUUGUUCUUCACAAACAAUUCUAUCUACUGAUGAUAAUUAAUAGCUGACCCACAGAGCAAAUCAAUACAUUAAUAACUUCUAAAUAAUAUAAUCUAUUACUUUAUUAAUAAUUUAGAGGUCUUUUAAUAUUUAACAUUUUAACCACAGAAAUUUUAGUUCAUUCAUUCAUUCUUCAUUUAUAAUACUUAUUAUUAAACUGUUUGCUUAGUUUAAUUCAUUUAUCUCUGUAAAAGUUUAUAUUAAUUAUUCUGGUGGCAUCCUGCAGACUUCAUACUUUUGGAACAUGGAAAGAACUAUUUACUAAAGUACAGUUUUGAGGUACUUGUACUUUCCUCGACUAUUUUCAUUUCCUGCUACUUUAUGCAGUUUCUCCACUGCAUUUCAGAGGUAAAUAUUGUAGUUUUUACUCCAGUACAUUUGUGUGUUUCUUUCAGAUUGAGGCUGAUAAUACAAAAUACAAAUACAAGAGUCUUAAUAUUGAUUAAAGUAAAGCUUUAUCGAAUGAAUACACAAAAUAUUUGUUAUUCACUUUGACCUCUGAUGCUGCAGAACAUGAACUUUCUGGACGAUUUGAUUGCUAACAACAAGAAGGCCUCAGUCCUAUACAUCAUCAAAUGCUCUUGGAUGUGGACUUGCCUACAUCGGCAGACCCAGACCCCCAGACGGUCCAUAAGCAAUCAUGACCUCAUUUUAAAUGGAGUCGAAGUGAGAGCGAGACACACUUGUUGAGGACAAAAGAGGAACUCCUGUAUGUUACACUUGUUAUAUGAAUUAUAUCAUGUGAUUUAAUGUGAUAUAAUGUGAGAUGUGAGUUCAUAUUUGUUCGUGUGCUGUUUGUGACUCGUGACUGUUUGCAGGUUGGAGUCAAAAUUCACAAGCGGCUCCACAGUAAAUAAAGUUAUAACAGUCAGCUCCAUGUACAACAUAAUUCCACUGUUCUGGUAUUUGUACAGGCUCUACUGAUGCUAAUACUUUACAGUACAGAGUACUUCUACACGGUGGUAUUAUUACUACAGUAACAGUCCCGAGUGCUUCUUCCACUGUUGUU